AUGGCGCUACUCGAUUAUCCCGUUCCUGACUUAGACGUCACAUUGAAAGAAGCGAGUCGAGUGCUUCAGCUUAUUCUGACUCCAGAGGAGUACACCCACUUUAAAAGUGCUCUUUCUCAAGAAACAGAAGCUCUAAAGGAUGUACACAAGCAGCUGAAAUCCAGCAUCUCCUGCCAUGAGAACUGGGUGACCAAUCAAUUUAAACAGCGUCUCCUGUCCAGUUUCGACUCUCUUCCGACCUCCACGGCCAUUCCCUCAGUGCUCCCUCCAUCCGAAGCUGUUGGUGAGAGUGUGCAGCUUGACAGGGCUACCACUCUACUGUGGGCUGUAGCCAAGCUGUACAGUGAGCCCCGGCUUGUCGAGGGUGAUGUACCUACAGAACGCACGCAACAGUCAGAGAUGUUUGCUGCCAGUCGUUUACCAGGCAAACAUCAGGAUCAGAUAAAGGUCUAUCCAGAAAGCCUGCAUACCAUCGUGAUCUGCCAGGGAGGUGUAUUUCCAAUUCAGAUUAUACAGAGGUGUAGCGAAACGGGCAAGGUCUCACCUGUGCCCCUUCUUGACCUCUACAUCCAGCUAGCUCAUGUUAUGCAUCUUCCAACUGCAUCAGCUGUUCAGGAUCCUUCUAUAAUUUGUGGUCUCUCUGCUCUUAAUCGUCAAGCAUGGUAUGCUUUCAGGGAGGAGAUUCUGAAAGCUGGUGGUGAAGCAGCAGAAUCACUUGAAGUGAUGGAGAGUGCCAUUCUGGCUCUGUCGCUAGAAGACUGCUCUGCACCUGUGGACCUGGCAAAUACCCUGACUGUGGUCCGUUUGGGAGGAGGGAACAACAAGUCUCUGAGGUACUAUGACAAGGUAUGUAAAAAUGUGGAUGUUAUAUAA